GAUACGUGACGUCGCCUGGUAACAUUAUUGUUGUCAUAGCAAUAUAACAACGCUUCAAGUUCAACAAGAAGGCUGCAGAGGAAUAAUCGAUGUUGUUGUGGUAAAUCAUUGUAAAAUGUCUUUACCUUUCCUCCCAGGACAAGUUUUCGAUAGAAAGCUUGGCAAAUCAAAGUUCCAUAAAUCACAGUUAUUUGACUAUAAAAACGAUGUUCGUUCUUUUGUUGGUGGAGCGAAAAGCGGAAUAGGUGGCGAAGCUCUUCCUGGACAAAAAUUACCUCCUGGACAUAGUGUCUACCCAAAAGGAGUUGGUCCAGAAGCACCUGCAUGGGUGGCAUUUGACAGACAAGUACUUUGUUUCGAUGCAUACUUCCAAGAAGCUGUCCAUGAAAAACGAGAAGAACAAUACAGAAUACGCAAGUGUAAAAUCUAUUUUUACCUCGAAGAUGAUGGAGUGCAAGUGAAUGAACAAAAAGUUGAUAACAGUGGCAUUCCUCAAGGCACACUUAUUAGAAGACAUCGUAUCCCACUACCUCCACCAAAUGAUGAUAAAUUCUACACUGUUGAGCACUUCAAUGUUGGGCAGGAGAUCAAUGUAUAUUCAAAAGUUUUCAAGAUUAUUGGAUGUGAUGAAUUCACGAGAAAUUUUCUUACCAAACUUGGUGUCCGUAUUGGGAAAUCAGAGGAAUUUCCUGAUGAUCCUUACUCUAAACAUCGUACACAGAUGAAAGAAAGCAUGCAGCCCUUGCGUCCUUACGAAAAAGAAGAUACUCUCAAGCAGUUCUUGCAGUAUGAUCGAAGAGUGUUAAGAUACUACUGUCUAUGGGAUGACUCGGAAAACAUGUUUGGCGAUCUUAGGGAAAUGGUUUUACAUUAUUUCUUGGCUGACGAUACAAUCGAAAUUCGUGAAAUAAUUCGAGCUAAUUCUGGCAGAGAUGCAGUUCCCAUGUUUUUGCGGAGACAAAAGUUACCAAAGGAACCAGUAUCAACGUUGCAACCAGGUCGCAUGACCGGCCGAACGGUGUUGAAUGUGUUUGGACCUAUGGGUCAUGGUGGGCGAUGGAUCUUAGACAGCUUAAAGACGGGAGCAGUUUACAUCAAUUAUUACACGGAUGCUGAUCUUACAAUUGGCAGCGUUAUCAAUGUUUGGGGUAGACGAUUUUUACUAUUUGACUGCGAUGAAUUCACCAAGGAACAUUAUCAAACCAAGUUCGGUGUGGACAACUUUCAACCAAUCAAAUACAAAUCAGAUCCACAGCCGGCAAAGCCGCGCGAAAUUCCUCCCUACAAUGGAUUUGGGAGUGAAGAAGAUUCUUUAUGUUCGUGUCUUGGACUCAUCCCGAAACCUCCAAAACGAGACUUCAUUAAGUUCAUGGAAAAAGACAGACAUGGUCUGGACAGCAAUGUUCUUCGUUUCAUGGCAAAGAUGGACUCUGACCGUCCAAUCGAUCAGAACCGUUAUUUCAUAAUAUCCUAUUUUCUUUGUGACGAUACAAUACUGGUUUAUGAACCACCUCAACGAAACUCCGGUAUUAUCGGAGGAAAGUUCUUGGAAAGAAAUCGUAUCAAAUUACCUGAUGGCUCGGGCUACUAUAGCUCUCAGAAUCUUUAUAUUGGUGCUCACGUGGAAUUCCUGAAACACAAGUUUAUUAUCACUGAUGCUGACGAGUACGCUGUAUAUUACAUUGAGAAGAACAAUAAAGAAUACGUGCAAGCCAACAUUCCGAUCAUUUUGUCAAAACUGAGAGAGGUGACAGAUAAGCAUCUCGAAAGUGUUCGUUCAUUCCUCGCUCAGGCUGAUCCGCAAGACUCUGGGUAUAUUAGCUACGAUAAUUUCCGAAAUCUUGUUUUGAAAUUCACGUCAAAUCUCUCCGAACAUGAAAUUUUGUCAGCUUGUCGACAGUAUGGCAGUACCAAGGCCGAGGAGGACAAUUACAAUGCAAUGAUUGCAGCCAUCCAGGAACAACUGCGGAAAGCAAACUACGAACAUUUUACGAAUGUCUACGAUGCUUGCAGACAUCAAGACAUUGAACAAAAAGGAUAUAUUGACAUGUUGGAGCUUCACAAUGUCGUCCGUUCCUUCAAUAUCCCAGCGAAGCAAGAGUUGUUAGAUGCCAUUCUUUUACGUAUGAAGAGAAAUAGUGACGGCCAAGUUGAUUACAAACAGUAUAUUGAUGCUAUCAACUGGCGGGACCAUCCAGUUAACGUCCAUAAAUACGUUCCAGUGUCUAUCGCAGAAACAAAAUCCAAGGAACGUAUUGGACCAUUGGAGGGUGUUAUGGCAGUCAACUAUAAGGCCUUGCUUAAAGAUCUUCUUCUUAAUGACUAAUAACUUUGUGUAAUUUAAGAUGCCAAUACUCUCCGAGUGAAUUUUGCAAGUGUAUAUGUACAAAUUUUAAUGCUGAAAUAAUAAUCUUAUUUUAAAGGACAUUUGAAAUAUGUUUGUAUGUACCCUAAGUGAACUCUUAAGACCCUUUUACAGGUUACACUGUCCCGUGUCAUUUUACAGU